AUGAGGACUUUCACAGCCUACUUACUGGCUGCUCUCGCAGUCUCAGCUGCACCUGCCCCAGCAGGAAGUCGGCUACCCAGCAUCGAAUCCCUCGAAGCUCGCUUUGGACCGUACGAAUUACACUCCAGGGCGCCAGAGGAGGCUCACAAGGGCUUGCAGAAGCGAUCGUUGGAAGAUCGUGAUCGAGUAUCUGAAUUCUCUUUCAAGCUCCAUGCGCAGGACCAAGCUGCGGUUGAUAACCUCAUCGCGACAUUGUCAGAUCCUACGCAUGCUCAAUUCAGACAGUGGUUGAGUGUAGAUGAUGCACACGAGAUGACAAAGAGCGAUCCGAACGGUGUCGAAGAGAUCUUGGACUAUCUCGACAUGCAUGGAAUUUCGAGAUCCGAGGUCAACCUCGCUCAUGGAAAUCGGACAAUGUCAUUCUAUACAAACAUCGAGAUGGCCAAUUCUAUCUUCGGAGCGGACUACGCUACGUACACGUUGGGGAAUAGUCACCGCAAACGAGCAACAUCAAGAGUGAUGCUCCCUAGAUCCCUGCAUCAGUAUGUCGCCAGAGCCGAACCAGGAGUCGACAUUCGUCCCGGUGCCAAUCGUCGUCCGAGGUCAGGCCUGGUAAAGCUAUCGGAAGAAGAGCAUCAACGGACCAGAGAGCUCCACGCUCGCAUGUUGACAGACUACGAGGGUCGGGAUGCAACACUUCAAGGUCGAGGUAUGACCAAUAUCAAGGGAUCGAGGCCUAUUGCGGUGCAGGGUCAACCCACCACUCCGGGUCUAACCAGCGCAUUAAACAAUUGCUGGGAAUACUACUUCCCUGUUUGUGUCAGGGCUCAGUACCAUCUGCCUUCAACGACCUCGCCUACCUCAGGAACGUCGAUCGGAUCGCUAAACUUGAAACCGAAUUGUGCCGUCGCAUCAGACCUCACGCAAGGUUGGAAGCUUUUCUUCCCGAAUGUAUAUGACUCGAACCCCAAUUACGUGCCGCCCCACUACGACAUCACUGUCCAAGGCGCAGAUACCGUGGCAUGUAACUCGAGUGAUUCUGGAGAGCCAGAUUUGGACCUUCAAACCAUCGUACCUUUGGUCUACCCUAUGCAGGUGUAUGACUUUUCUGGUCCCGAUACGGAUACUCUAAACUCAUGCUACGGAAGUGUCCAACAGAUGGGCUCUGGAGGUAUUCCUAAGCCUGACAUCUUGUCAUUCUCGUAUGGUCAGUCUGAAUCACAAGCCGAUGUCUCCACAUGGCAGUCAUACUGCCAGCAGACCGAUGCGAUUAUCUUGACCGGUACGACCCUGCUGGCGUCGACUGGAGACUAUGGAGACGAGGAUAUGAACUACCCUGCUCUCUGUCCACAUUGGGUAGCGGUUGGUGCCACUGACCUGAACGACGACACUUCCGUCACUGCACCUUCAUGGGCGGAGCAGGAGACCGACGGUUGGCAGUUUUCUGGAGGCGGUGGCUUCUCUUACAAUGGCCAGGCGGCUCCCUCAUGGCAGGUAGCCCCUCUCGCAGCUUAUGCCCAAAAGUACACCGAUAAGGCCUAUGGCAAACUGCAAAAGAACGCUGCAACUCCCGACGUCAGCGCGAUGGGUCGCAACUACCCCAUCGUGACGGGUGGGAAUGGUCAGCUCUUUGGCGGUACAUCUUUAUCAUGUCCCAUGUUUUCGUCCAUUCUAGCCAUGGUCAAUGCGAAUAUGGUUGCUGCGAAUAAACCUUUGGUCGGGUUCCCACUACCGACGUUUUACGCCAACACGCACUUGUUCCGUGAUGUUUACAAAGGGAACAAUAACGAAAUGGAUCCGAACAGUACGACCGCUUGGCCCGCGACGCCAGGCUGGGACCCAGCUACGGGAUUAGGGACACCGCUUUUCGAUCAGAUCCUCCAAUACUACGAGAACAAUGCGCACCCAUACUAUACUACAUUGCCCAACUAG